GUUAUUGAUCCACUGCAGUCUCACCAGUUGUACUUUUUCAAUAAGAUCAGCUGUGCGCCAAUAUGGCGGAUACUUCGUACAUUAACAAACUGACUUAUGUUAAACUAAGAUCUAUGCAAGACUAAAAAAAAAAAACAGGUGGUAUUGUUGCACGAAUUGAUAGUGAAAACAACUUUACGAGAUCCAAUUUAGCGUUAAUUAGGAAGAAAGUCUUGAAAUAAUUCGAGAAAAAUUUGAAAAAAAACAAAAAAACCAAAAAAAUAUUACAGCUUCAACUUUAGAGAGAGAGAGAGAGGAUAUUUAUGAAGAAAACGGUUGUGAACAACCGUAAAAAGAUAACAAUACAAAGUUAUAAGAGAGCUUUAUAAAAACGUAGCUGUUAUGUAAACAUUAUUCUAUAUGAUAGUUAUAACGUUUAUCAUAAAUCUAUCGUCGUCAACAUUAUGAAAAAAAAGCAACGAAUAACAAUUUUGAUGAAGACAAGUGCGUCAUACGUAUAAUUGAAGAAAAAUUCAAAUGAAGAAUUAGAUAUCGUUAUAAAAUGUACAUCGUAUGUCAAAUCAAUAAAGUUAAGUGUGACUGAAUCGCCUGAAGAAACCAAAUUAGAUUAUAUUCUACUAAACACCAAGAUCCAUUGGUACACAGAGCACCGACAACGAGACAACUGCCUUAUAUUUGCAACAGUCGCGUAACAUUCUUUCAAAUUUACGAAAGAUAUUAAAAUCUUCUAACAAAUCACGUACCGUUUAAAUUUCAACAGAAGUUUCUAUAUAAGAGGACGUAAACGUAUCUUGCAAAGUCAGUUCACUUAGAUCAGAGGAAAGAGAUACAUCUCUCUGUUAUACAGUGACAUUAUUCAAAUCUACUCAUAUAUACAUAUAUACGCGUGUAUAUUUAUACAUAUUGUGUAUAUUUGUUUUGUGUGUGUGGUUUGUGUGUAUAUAUAUAUAUAUAUAUAUAUGCACAUAUAAGUACCUAUACAAAAACAUCUAGAAUACUUUAGCAAGGAAGGUGAUAAAAGUGUAUAACUUAGUAAGCAGUACUAUCAUUGUUAAUCAACAUGAAAGACAAUCCAGAUUGUGUUAUUCUCAAUACGGGUGAAACACAUAAUUAUCAUCAACCUGUCUCUGCAAAACCUUCAGUCGUUUCAGUUUCAAGUAUUGAUUCUGAUGUUAGUGAUAGAAGGGAUGUACGCGAAGAGCUUUAUGCUGGAAUCUUCAGAAGACAUAGAAAAACUAUAUUGGUAAUAGGCAGUUUUCUAAAGAUGCUAAAAAAAUACUCGGACAGAUUGCAUGCUCUGAAUCGAUUAUUUGGUUUAUUUGCCAUACGGUUUGAACAUGUUACAAGACAUAAAUAUUGGUAAAUUGGCAGUAAAAUAUAUGUAUAUAUUAUGCAAUUUUUUCUUUUUAAAUUUUAUAAUCUAUGCUUUAUGAUAUAUUCACUUAAUCGAGUGUUAUAGGAUUUGUUUUAU